AGCACAGAAUCCUUCAAGAUGGCCGUCUCUGAGGAGCUCGGAGCUGACCUAACUCAAGUGGAUAUCUGUACUCUUCAGAUUCAUAUGAAAUAUGAGGUCAUCCCGACUCUCGUCUGCUCUGUCUGCCUCUUGUUUGGACUCAUCUACUGCUUCUUUGGGUACCGCUGCUUUAAGGUGGUCAUGUUCUUCUCAGGCUUCAUGUUUGGUUCUGCAGCCGUGCUCCUGUUCUACCAUAAAGAGCCCAAAUUGAACCGCCAGCUGGAAGCAGAGACCAAGGCGGGCAUCGGUCUGGGAGUGGGCGUGCUGAGUGGACUGGUGACAUUGAUGGUGUCCACGCUGGGACUGGUCCUCAAUGGCCUGCAGCUGGGAGGCCUGGUCUCCCUCUCCAUGCUGGUGAUUGUAGGACAGUUUUACAGCCUGGCCCCGGUGUGGGUGCCUCUCUGGGCCAUCAUGGCUGCCAGCAUCUCCACUGCUGUGAUGUCGCUGCAGUGGCAGAAGCUGUUCAGCAUCGUCUACACAUCUGUGUUCGGAGCAACCACCGUGAUGUUAUGUGUGGACUUCCUGCUGGGGACGUUCACGCUGCCUGAUCAAGUGCAUGAUAUGUUUAGUGAAGUCACUCCACGACCCCUUUGCUGGUUUCACUGGAUGAUCGCUGGACUCGCUCCUGCUCUGAGCAUCACAUGCGGGCUGGUGCAGUGGUGUGUGACUGCAAGGGACUUUUCACACACAGAAACUGCACAUGAGAAGCAGAAGAAACACCUGAAGCACAAAUGUAGGGACUCAAGGAGAAGAACCUACCGACAGCGCAGGCCUCCACCUCUGAAGCGUUACGCUGGGGAUGUCCUUGCCCCGAGUUACCUCCACAGACUCCAGGAGCAUCAGAUGGGAACAGGCUCCUCCACCAGCAGUAUCAGCACCAUCACACACACUCUGAUGGACCUGAACUUUGACACAGGCUCCAUGGUGCCUCUGACCGCUGCCUCCCCCACCUUUACAGUCUGAAC